CGCUCCCACUCGGGCACGCGCGUCCCCGGCUCCCGGCUCCCCGCCCCCCACCCACCCCCCAGCGCGCGCUCUCCGUCUAUUUUUUUCCUAUUGCUUUCAUGCUCACACUCUAAAAUAGGUCAAGGGGUGGAAGUUACACCUGGUACAGCCCUCGACUCUGAUGCAAAAGCAGUUUUUUUUUUCUCCCCGGAUCCGGGAGAGCAUUGCAACUAUUCAGUUUGGUGGAGCUUCCCGCCCCCAUACCGUGCAGAAAGCGCAAUGACCGUGGCUCUAACAAUGGUCUGCAGAGGGGAGUGGCGGGAAGCCUCUUACACAGCCUAGUUCUGCGGGCUCUGCGCCUGCCCUCCCUCCGAGGACAGGGAGGAGAGGGCGCGACAGGUCGCUUUGCGAGCGCGCGUGCCUGCAACUGGGGUCUGACCGCCUGGGUGAGUUUCUGUGUUUCCUCUGUCGUUCCAGUCACCGAGGGUAACCUGUUUACCUUGAAAACUUAGAUGUGAUCAAAACAGGCGAGCCGGCCAUGCAGUAAGGGGACUGCAGAAUGUGCUUCAGUGUAUACCGGAUAAAUCAGAACUGCGAGCUGCUGAGGACGUGUUUAGCGUCUUAAAGGGCCUGUAUUCCCUUCAAAGACUCCUACAAAGUGGUUCAUCCUGUGAAGUACCUCGCUAUUUGAUUUCCCUCUUACUACUAUUCAUAUGCAUUGCACACUGAGAAAGGCAUGAGCGACAACUGUCACUCUCUGAAGGUGGAAAGUGCCAUGAUUCACAAAGACAAGAAGUAAUUUUCCUGUAAUCACAAGGAUGACUCAGGAUGGACCAUGAAGCCGCCCAGCUGGAGAAGCAGCACGUGCACGAUGUGUAUGAGAGCACCGCCCCUUACUUCAGCGACCUGCAGAGCAAAGCUUGGCCUCGCGUCCGCCAGUUCCUCCAGGACCAGAAGCCCGGCAGCCUCAUUGCGGACAUAGGUUGUGGGACUGGAAAGUAUCUUAAAGUGAACAGCCAGGUUCAUACCCUGGGCUGUGACUACUGUGGGCCAUUGGUAGAGAUUGCCCGGAGUAGAGGAUGUGAAGUCAUGGUAUGUGACAACCUUAAUCUUCCCUUUAGGGAUCAGGGCUUCGAUGCCAUCAUCUCUAUAGGAGUUAUACAUCAUUUUUCUACAAAACAAAGAAGAAUCAGAGCAAUAAAAGAAAUGGCCAGAGUGUUAGUUCCUGGAGGCCAGCUGAUGAUUUAUGUUUGGGCUAUGGAACAAAAGAACCGGCACUUUGAGAAGCAAGAUGUGCUUGUUCCGUGGAACAGGGCCUUAUGUUCCCGGCUCUUCUCAGAAUCCAGCCAGCCUGGGACAAAGACGCAAUGUGAACAUCCAGGAAGAAGCCACCCCUACCAUCCCCCUUGCUCUGGGUGUAGCUGUUCUGUUUGUUUUAAGGAGCGAUGUGAUUCCACACGGUCCCACAGCGUGGGCUAUGAACCUGUUAUGGCCGGUACCUGUUGUGCAACUAUUUCUAAGGAAAGCGAGGAAGAGAAUGGAUUCUAUAACACAUUAGGAAAAUCUUUCCGUUCCUGGUUUUUCUCCCGCUCUUUGGAUGAAUCAAUGCUGAGGAAGCAAAUUGAAAGAGUGAGACCCCUGAAAAACACAGAAGGCUGGGCCAAUAGCACUGUAUCAAUCCAGCCUGCCAGACACGCUAGUUUAGACUUAGAUCACCAAGCGCCAUUUUCCACAAGAGAGCAAAGUUCCGAUGAGGAAGUGUUUGUGGAAACAUCUCAAAGACAUUUGGAGUGGCUAAAAGCACGAGCUACAGGGAAACAUCUAAAUGGAGACCAUAGAGGGGAAAUUAGAAGAAAUGGCGAUGGGAAUUUUCUGGAUAGCACCAAUACUAAUGAGAAUUGUGGGGAUGCAAGUAACUUAGAUGAAGGGAACUCUUCUGCUAGUAAAAUACUGAGAAAGAUUUCUGCAGCCGAUUCCACAGAUUCCAUCCCAGAUGACACAAUUUCUGUUGAAGAACAACAGCCCAACAUUUUGGAUUCCAGAGCCUUUAUGCGCUACUACCACGUGUUUCGAGAAGGCGAGCUCUGUGGCCUGCUGAAGGAGAACGUGUCGGAGCUCCAUAUUCUGAGCUCGGGGAACGAUCAUGGCAACUGGUGCAUCAUUGCAGAGAAAAAAGAAAGCUGAUUGAUUGGAUAAUUUUAGAGAAUUCCUCCACAGAUGAACCACGUUCUUUUCACUGGGUUUGGUAUGGUUACCUGAAUUUGCACCCACUGUUGUCAUUUUUUAAAUCCAUUUAUGCUUUGGUCUGUGGAGACUCUGAGUUGAUCCUCUUUUUAAUCUUUGGGUAAGCACAGAACCUGACAUUUAAAGCAUUUGACAAAGGGUAUUUGUGGUUGAAUGUUGAUAUAAGAGAUCUGAAGAAGCAAUAUAAAAUGAACUUCAGUACAGUUUGGGUUUUUUUCUCCUGAAAGAUGAAAUUAUUUUAAGAACACAUGUAUAUUGAUUUUCAGUAUUAUACGCUGAUUUUAAAAGAUUCUGUUUUUAAGUAUGCCUUCUAAAAACAGCAUUUUUAUGAAGUUGGGGUAAUUUCUGUUUCUCAGGUUACAGUUUAGAUCUGUGUGCCAGAUAGCAAACAGGUAAACCUGUUCCAUUGCACAGAUGUAAAUUGAACCAUGUGAUAAAUUACUUUGUUGCCAAGGUCUUGCUUCUACUUUAAAGUCUUCAGAAAGGUGAGAGCAGGUAGAGAGAGAUAAGGAGAGUUACAAGGAGUUUUCUAAAACAAUAAGCAAACUUGCUUCAACAUAAGUAAAUAAUGAUGUUAUCAAUGUCACUCAGAAGGUUUUAAAGGGACCGUUAGCAUGUAGAGGGUGGACUAUAAGAGUAUUAGAAGUUGUUGCAAGUACCCAAAUGGUAUUUUUCCAACCCUAUUAGAGGCAGGAAUAUCCAGUUAUGAUAAGACCAAGGUUGACUAAUGUGGAGUUUUUAUCUAGAAUGAAGCUUUUCUUAUGGACUGAAGGGAUAUUUAGGAAAUGAUAAUCUGGUGGAAGCUCUCAAUUAUAGAUUGUUAAGUUAUAAGAUAUUUGGCCUUGGUGGAAGAUCAGUUGUUGAAUUUUAAAAAAGAAUACCCAGGCAUUUAUCCUAUUGAAAGUGACCACAUUUUAUUAGUUAUAUUAGAGAUUUAGUCAGAUCAAGUCCUAUAAAUCAAGGGUUGAAUUUCUGCCACUUUACAGACAAAUGAAUAGAUUGGGUGUUAUAUGGUCACUGCAUUAGUUUAACCCGUGGGUCUGUUAAAUCCGUGUCAUGGAUCAUGAAACAGAUAUAAUUAGGACAGGACUAGAGCUCUAAGAGAAGCAGAAAUGAGUUGACACAGAAAACGGCCUCAGAUAGUUGCUUAGUGAGGAGAGAUUCGACGUUUGACAAAAGCCUUUUACUUUAUGGACCAUUGUAACCCUGGAUGAAAAUCCAAUUCUUGUUUUAUUUUCCACUAAAAUUAACUGAAAGAGUGAAAGACUUCAUUUGGUUUUGGUUUCUUUGUUCCUUCAGUGAUUGUGCUCUAACUUAAAAUAAUGAUGCUACUUUCAAAGACACUUAAAGGGUUCUUUUUAAUGUUUAGCUGAAAAUGAUUGAUGUUUAUAACUCUUUUGGCUUUAAAAUAAGACUGCAUUAUCACCAUUUUGGUUGAUGAGAUUGUCUGGUGGAAAUGAGGACUAUGAUUUAUAUUGUUCAGUGCAGUUUGCAGUACAGGGACAAUGAAAACAGGCAUAGCAGUGGAAUUGAAAUUAAAUAUUAAUUUAGUGUCUUCCAUUUCUUAAAUUAGGACAUUAAACCGUGAGUAUAAGUAGUUUUCUUGGUGAAAAGAAAAGAUUCUCAGAGUCAGAGAAGUUCUUUCAAUGAAGGCUUAGCGGCCUUUUUAUUAUGAGUGGAUUGUCCCACUCUUUGAAGCCUGUUGUCACAUGUAUCUUUAAUCCCUGCAUUGCUGCUAGAAGCCUGUUGCAAGUCAUCUCUUUCUGGUGGUAGACUGCCACUUACAUAGAACUCAGUUUAUUAGACUGCACCAGAAAAGCUUUGAGCUAACCUGUAUGAGCAACCUCCUAUACAUACACACACACACACACACACACACACACACACACACACUUUGUAUAGAAUGAUUCUUCUCUAGGACAGUUCUUGAGAUAGAGAAAUAAUUUCAUGUAAUUUAGACAGGGCUGUAAAUGAAAAACCAUUAAGGAUAGCAAUCUUUCGCUCUUCGUCUGCCGAGCACAAGAAUUCUAUGCAUCGAAAUGUUAUUUUGUAUGCAAAUAUUUAAUUCCAUGGUUGAUAACCUCUCUUUGGUAUAUUAAUGUGAAAAACACUCUUAAAUCUAACUUCUGUCUUUGGAUAGAUAUAUCCAUAUAUAUUAUAUAACAUAUAUAUAUAUAUAUAUAUA